AUGUUGAUUUGCAGACCCUGGAGGAAAAGCGCCUGCUUCCCUCUUCCCCAUUCCCGCAGCCGUCUUCCCCUCUCGGGAGGAUGGAAGGCAAUCCUCCUGGAGACCCAGGGCAGCUGUAGCCCAGGAUCCCGCAGGGCUCAAGCAGCGAGCAGCACUGUCUCUCUGGCAAAUCCUCCCCUACCUCUUCCAUCCUCCUCCCGGAAGGGAAAAAGGCAAGAUCGAACCUCUAAACCGACUUCACCCCUCCCCCUCUUCCUGGGGGAGCUGAAGCAGAAAGUACGGUUCUGUGAUUCAGUGGAGAGAGAAGAGGGUGGAGGCAGCAAAGAACUCCGAGUGCCAAAACUAAGUUGGUUCGCUGACCAAACGCACGCAGCUCGCAGCGCUUCCGCGGGUGCGCCAACCCCGCGGGGACCAAGGGGCUUGGCGCGGAGCAGGCGCGGGGUCGGGGACCGAUUUGCGUCCCCGUGCGCUCCUGGGCCGAGGAGACGUUCCUACAAAGAAGGGGUGGUCAACGGUGGAGGGAGAUCGAUUAAGGGGGUGUUUUUUUCCUCCUUUGGCCGCCUGGUGAGUGUCUGGGAGAUUGGCAAGCGCCUGGGAGAGGAAAGAGCAACAGAGAGCCCUGAAAGAGUGGAGAAAGUGAUCCGGAAGCCGGUUCACUGCCUGCAGCUCCUUAUCUGCCUGGGUUGGUGCUUUUUAUCGGCGGUUCAGCUUCCCAGCACUUUCCAGCUGAGCGGACUGCUGGACCGACGGCCGAUCCCACAUCCAUCAGUGCGCGCGCCUCUCAACUCCUCCUCGAGACCCUCCUCAACUCCUAACCUCGAGGGCGAAAAGUUCUGGCCACGAGUAGUUCCUGCCCAAGAAUUAUGAAGCAAAAUGGACUAUAUCUCACAUCCUUGGGUAUCUUAUUAAGAAACUCUCCAGUUUGGCAGGAGGAGAAUUGUGCUUCUUUAAAGGUAAGA